AUGGACUACACGCACUCUUUGGCGCUGGAACUGGCACUAGAGGUGGUUGAGCGGCAUGUGGUGUGCGAGGUGCCACUGGAGUUGCAAGUGGCUGGCGGCUCAUGGGAAAUAGUUUGCACCGGGUACAUUCAAUUGCAAAUGGAAAGUUCUAAGCAAUUGAAGAAACUCCACAAGCACAUAGUUUUCAAUUUGGAGAAGAAAGUGGGCAUU